AUGAAUAAUUUUGAAACCACUCCUGGGUUUUGCUCCGACUGUGGAUCUAUAUUACCUUUAUUGAAAAAUUCUGGAAAAGUGACUUGUUAUUUAUGCAAUCGGCAAUAUGGUUUAGAAGCUUUUGGUAAUAUGGAACUUUUCAUGAAUAUCGAAUUUAAUUCAUCUGAUACUUACACUGGUUCAAAAUCGAAAAAAGAGAGAAAAGCAAAAAUUACUGAAAAAGAAUCAGAAGGUCCUGUCAUAGAAAGACGAUGUCCAAAAUGUGGCAAUGAUAAAAUGUCUUAUGCAACCUUACAGUUACGAUCAGCAGACGAGGGUCAAACUGUAUUUUAUACAUGCACUAAUUGCAAAUAUAAAGAAACUGAAAAUUCUUAAACGACUGAUAGGCAAUUUAUGGUUUUGAGGAAUACUU